AUGGCGACCACCGACUCGAAAGCAAAGCUUUCCGUAACUGUCGACCGUGCGACACCGUACUACUUCGACCUCGGCCUCCUCCAGGCCACGGACCCCAACCCCUUCAAGAUCACCUCGUCCAACAUUGAGGAAGACCUUGCCAGCAUUGCCCGCGAUGGCGCCCAGGUCAUCAUCAACCAGCUCAUGACCGCCUGCCCCAUCACGGCCACCGCCGAUGGCGUCCUCCUGACCCUGCCCCCGCCCUCGACCCCUCUGCCCCGCGAGCUGCCUGUGCCCAAGGCCAAGGAGCCGACAAAGUGGGAGCGCUUCGCCGCCAAGCGCGGCAUCAAGCCCAAGACGCGCGAGCAGCGCCGCAACCUCGCCUUCGACGAGGACACGGGCGAGUGGGCCCGCAAGUGGGGAUACAAGGGCCUCAACAAGAAGGGCGAGAACGACUGGCUCGUCGAGGUCGACCCGGCCGCCGAGGCGCAGCGCAAGGCCGGCACCGAGAUCCGCGGCGACGGGCGGCGCGAGAGGAAGGAGAAGGUCAGGAGGAACGAGCGGAAGCAGAGGAAGAACGCGCGCGAGUCGAUGCAGACGGGGAAGAAAUAG